CCCAAAGCCUUUCUCCUAUUAGGAAAUAUAGCUGCUUGCCUUACUAUUCUAUACUAGUUUCGAUCCUUGUUCCUUAGUCUUCCAUGGAGGACGUUAAGCAACCGCUUCUACAUUACCCUCGGGAAGUCGACGAGGACAACCACCUCCAAUCGCAGUUACUUUCUAAAGCCUCAAACGCCUCCUUCUCCUCCACCACCUUUACCCCCGGCACCCAUGACGUCCCUCCGAUCAACAGCGUUCGCGACUUCUUUAGAGAAUUCUUGACUGAGUCCAAGAAGCUCUGGUUCCUUGCCGGCCCCGCCAUCUUCACCUCCAUCUGCCAGUACUCCCUUGGCGCCAUCACUCAAGUCUUUUCAGGCCAGGUUGGCACUCUGGCUCUCGCCGCCGUGUCCGUCGAGAAUUCUGUCAUCGCCGGUUUCUCCUUCGGUGCCAUGCUUGGCAUGGGGAGCGCACUAGAAACAUUAUGUGGCCAAGCGUUCGGAGCAGGACAGCAUGAUAUGCUAGGGAUUUACAUGCAAAGAUCAUGGGUCAUCCUCAAUUCAACGGCUUUGAUCCUAAGCUUGCUAUACAUAUUCGCGGGCCCAAUUUUGAAUCUAAUAGGGCAGACGGCAAGCAUAUCCAAGGCCGCCGGAAUAUUCUCAAUAUGGAUGAUACCACAAUUGUUUGCUUACGCCGUUAAUUUCCCCAUGGCAAAGUUCUUACAGGCGCAGAGCAAGAUGAUGGUGAUGGCGGUGAUAGCCGGUGUGGCCUUGUUUCUGCACACCGUAUUUAGCUGGCUCUUGAUGUUAAAGCUUGGGUUGGGUCUAGUAGGCGCAGCCAUUGUACUAAACGCAUCAUGGAUAUUCAUAGAUGUGGCCCAGUUCUUGUACAUUAUCAGCGGAACUUGCGGCCGCGCCUGGACCGGCUUCUCCUGGAAGGCUUUUCAACAUUUAUGGGGAUUCGUGAGAUUGUCACUGGCGUCCGCAGUAAUGCUCUGUUUAGAGAUAUGGUAUUUUAUGGCAUUGAUACUCUUCGCUGGAUAUUUAAAGAACGCAGAAGUAUCAGUAGAUGCAUUGUCUAUCUGCAUGAACAUAUUGGGAUGGACGGUCAUGGUUGCUUUGGGAAUGAAUGCAGCUAUAAGUGUGAGAGUUUCCAAUGAAUUGGGAGCAGGACAUCCAAGAACAGCUAAAUUUUCAUUGGUGGUCGCUGUCAUCUCUUCAUUUCUAAUUGGUCUCAUCAUCUCGCUUAUACUGAUAAUCUUUAGGAAUAAAUAUCCAUACUUAUUUUCAAAUGAUACACAAGUUCAAGAUCUCGUUAAGGAGCUCACUCCACUGUUGGCUCUUUGCAUAGUCAUCAAUAAUGUUCAACCUGUCCUUUCAGGGAUGGCCAUUGGAGCUGGAUGGCAAGCAGCUGUUGCCUAUGUAAACAUUGCAUGUUACUAUAUCUUUGGAGUUCCUUUGGGUCUCACAUUAGGUUAUGCGCUUGACAUGGGCGUCCAGGGAAUUUGGUAUGGGAUGCUAUCAGGGACGGUUGCACAGACUUGUGUCCUAUUUGCAAUGAUUUACAAAACCAACUGGAACAAAGAGGCUUCAAUUGCUGAGGAGAGGAUAAAGAUAUGGGGAGGUAAUAGUAACUCCGAACAGACCAAUGUGGAAAAUAAUGCAUAAACAUGAUUACGCAAGAAUAACUGAGGUGAAAUUUUGGCCCAGUGUGAUGUGAUAUAUUGUGUGAAGAUGAAGUUGAAGUUCAUUUCAUCCAGCAAAUGUACCGUUCUAGCAACAGCUCUUCCGCCCACUUUUUUCUUUUGUUGACCGUCAGCCUUUAGUGAGCCUGGUUUCUAUUGGCAUUCUUCGCGCCCACGUGUCUUAUUCUUUUUACCAUUUUGAUAUUUUUGGAAUUUUCUCUAAUAUUAUAAUUUUUUAAGCU